UUCGUGUUAAAAUUAUGUCAGAACAAAGAGAUAUGCUAUCUGCCUGACAUAUUGUAGAGGUGAAAACGUUGGCAUUCUCGAAGAACGCGUUCAUUUCCAAAAUGAAGACCAUAUUGUCAAUUUCGGCAUGUUGGUUUUUAUUUGUGUUUAUACACGUUGAAGCCGUAACAGAUGAGGAUUUUCAAUCACUGCUUGCCAGGCUUUCCGUGCUCGAAGAAAAACAAGCUAUUCUUGAAACGGAAAAUAAGUUGUCACAAAAAAGAAUCGCCGAAUUAGAAAAAUACAAGAUAUUGUCCGACAAAAGAGUCGCUUCGCUUGAACGAAAAAAUGCAUUAUGUAACAGACGACAAGAUGAUAUUAUAAAGAAACUGUAUGCAGACAAAGUCGCGCUUCAAACCGACAAGAUACUGCCUGACGCAACCACCACAACAAAUGAAUACGAAAAGACUCUGUCUGCCUAUGACAGAAAAAUCGCCACGCUCGUGAACGAAUAUGCAGCAUCACCCAACCGGAGUGGUAAAGAUGAUAGUUACUCUGCUGCGGCUGAUAUUGCUGUACUUCAAUCGAAACAAAAAAGAUUUGUUGCAGGAGGGACUGUUGCGUUUUCUGCAAUGAAAGUAGCUCACCAAGAGAAUGUUGGCAUUGAUCAGAACAUCAUCUUCGAGCAGGUUCUUACAAAUGACGGAGGCGGGUACCAUCAAAAUCACGGUGUCUUCAUUGCUCCACAAUCCGGCGUUUACGUCUUCUCGUCGUCCAUUAUGUGUUUCCCAAAUGGGAAGGAGGUCCUUGCUGAAAUCGUUCAUAACGGAAACCCCGUCACGCGCAUGUACUGCCAAGGUGCCAAUGCACACGAUCAGGGCAGUCAGACGGCUGUCAUAAAGAUGAAUGCUGGGGAUGAAGCUGCGGUUCGAAAUGUUUACCGUGCAGAUGAUAGUAUCUGGGGUAGUUUGUUUACGUCAUUCAGUGGCUAUUCAAUAAAUUAAGUGUGACCGACAAAUUAUAUCUACUGUAGACAUAUUAGUUAAACCAUGCAAAUAAAACUAGUUAUGCAAAUCGAAUGUUCGUCAUUCUAUUAAAAUCAAAUUCUGAUUUCGCGUGUAUUGAAAUACUGAAAUAUGUUUGAACUAAGAUGUUUAUAAUUACUUAGUAUGAUAAGAACUACGAUGUUAAUGAUUAAUCAGUAUGAAUAACAAGUAGUGUGUUUAUAUAAAAUAUCAAUUUGUUCGCCAUCCAGUGCAUUAAUAAAACACUAAAGUCGUG